AUGGAGACCAUCAAGAACACCGUCAACUACGUCAGCGAGACCGUCCAGGGCGCCGGAGCCGGAGCCUCAAAGGAGGUCAACAAGGAGGUCGCUAAGGACAACAACGCCGACCUUACCACCCGUGCUACUGCUGCAAAGGACGCCCUCUUCGACAAGAAGGACCAGACCGUCCACGACACCCAGGCUGAUGUCCACAAGGAGAGCCUCAAGCACUAG